GUAAUCUGGGUAGUUCAUUGCAGUGCCCUCCGACGGUGUUACGGUUAAUGGUAGCAGUUCGGCAAUCACCCCCUAAAGACUCUCUGUAGUUUGCCUUCUUGACACACCUUUUGUUGUCUCGUCGUCUAGCUAGAUUCGGCUAACGGUUGCUAGCGAGCAUCCUCCGCUUCGACUACCCGCCAGCGGUGAAGUAAAGUUGGGGCAAAAUAGUUACUCUGAAGACGAAGGAGCCAAGAAGUGACGGCCGACACCCUGCCAGGAUGAGUGGUGAUGACUUGAACCCAGCUGCUGUGGCUCAGCCAGUAGAGGAUGUACAAGGAGAUGACCGUUGGAUGUCCCAGCAUUUAAGAUUUGUGCAGGAGUGUAAAGAUGCUGAACCAGAUGUGCUUUUCGUGGGGGACUCUAUGGUACAGCUAAUGCAGCAGUUUGAGGUCUGGAGGGAGUUAUUCUCUCCUCUACAUGCACUCAACUUUGGACUUGCAGGGGACACCACCUGUAAUGUGCUGUGGAGGCUGCAGAAUGGAGAGCUGGAGAACAUCCGGCCCAAGGUGGUGGUGUUAUGGGUAGGAACCAACAAUUAUGAACACACAGCAGAGCAAGUUGCUGGAGGAAUUCUUGCAAUUGCGCAGCUGCUCACCUCCCGCCUCCCCAAGGCAAAGAUAGUUGUACUGGGUUUGUUGCCUCGAGGGGAGCGGCCCAACCCACUGAGGGAGAAGAACACGGCGGUUAACAGGUACCUGCGCUCCUGGCUGCCUCGUCUGGGCCGCGCUCAACUCCUAGAUGUCAGCGGGGAUUUCGUUCACUCUGAUGGAGCCAUUAUUCUACAGGACAUGUUUGACUUCCUCCAUCUGACGUCGACAGGCUACCGCACCAUGGCGAAGCCCCUCAGCGACCUGCUGCUUCAGAUACUGGAGGAAACGCCAGAGGAGAGACGGGUGUCGCCUGUUUGAGGGCCGUGGCCUAGCAGCACAUUUAUCCAGAGGUAUGUCUCACCCGCUGCUGUGGGAGACGGGGGAGACAUGUCCCUGGUAUCUAGAGGAGGAAGGGCUCUCUCAUAGGGGGAAUAGGCUCACUGACGUGAGUGGGCCCAGGAGGGGUGUGGGAUCACAAUCAUGAGCAGAGGGUUGCGUGUGGAGAGGUGCUAAAGAGGGAGAGAGACCUCACUGCAGAUGUAGACACUGUGAUUGCAGUAGUAACCUCUAUGGCAAAAUGAUUUACCACGGUUACUGAGAUCAUGUGGUACACACACACCCACACACAUUCAUUUAGACCUGUGGAGAAAAUAAGUGUUUCCCUCUCACCUGUGCCACGGAGAUGUGAUACAAAUGUAGAAA